AUGUCAUCAGAAUCUGUUAAUAGUAGUGUUGCUAAUCGUAUGUUGUUAGAUUUAGAAGAAAGAUCUACUCAUAAUACUCAAUCUGAAAAUGUAUUAGAAAAUGGGAUGACAUCAUCAACGUUUCCUAUAACAAGAUCAACAAGUGAAGCAAAUGAAACCACAUGGAUUAAUUCAUUUGUUGAAUUUCAUCGAAUAUUAUCUGGAAGUUUACUUCGUUUAUUUUAUCGGUUUAUUGAUAUAAUUAUUCUUUUCAUUGGUCUUUCGUCAAGUAACGAAAUAUGUAAUCGAUCAAAUCGUUUAGUUGUAACAUCGAUAUGUUUAUUGAUAUUUUAUUUUAUUGAUCUAAUAAUCAUUUUUUAUUAUUUUAUACGUAAUCAAUCAUCAUAUUAUAGACUAUUAACUGAAGAAGGAAAAACGGAACGCCUUCGACAUGUAUCAACUUUACGCGGCUGUUUUAUUUUUUUUAAAUUAAUACCUGUUUGUAUUGGGACAAGUUAUUCAUUUACGUCCAAAAUAACAGAAACAAAUAAUUGUGAAUUAAUCCGAUUUUGUCUCGGUCUUGUUUGCAUAAGUACAUUAUUACUCAUGAUUAUGCCACCAACAAAACCCGAAUUGCCUACACGACGUUCUCUACCUGUUGAAUGUUUUAUUCUUUCUUGCAUAUUAAUUAUUAAUCUUACAUAUAUUUGUACAAUAGCAUCGCCUAUGAAAAAUAUUGAGCAAUCACCAUGUUUAAUUCUAUUCAGUUGUACAACUCUAUUACAUAUUAUUAAUCUAUUAAUAAGCCAAUUAUGUUAUCGCUUAACAAAUGGACGUCAAUUACAUAUAUAUUAUUAUGCUCUACAAUAUACAUUAACUUAUUUUGGUGCACUCAUUGCUAUUUAUUAUUUUUCUGUCGGAGCUUUAUUUCUGUUUCAACCACGGUCAGGUCAACCAUGUCGAGCACAUGCACCCGGUUUAUAUCGAACUUUAUUAGUAUGGCAAUGGAUACGAGUAUUAUUUCCAUUACUUGUUGUGCCAUUGAUAUUAAUAUUAUGUUGUUUGGAAGUCUUUUUUGGAACUAUUUUAAGUUAUUGUUUGCCAGCAUCGAUUACUGUUCCAAUACUUGAAUUAAUCCGAGGUUGGCUAUCAGUCUCACCUGUACAAAUCUAUUCAAAUCCUCCAGCAUCACAAGACAAUAUAAAUGUAUUACCAGUUGUUCUAUUCGGUCAAGAACCGGAUCGAUUCAAUUAA